AAAGCUUCUGCGAAUGGAACAAAACGCCAAAUGCUGCUCCCACAGCGGACGAACACGGUCCGGAACGUUGCUCCUUGGAGUUAUCCCAGAGACCCUGAACAAACAGUAACUGCAGGGUUUGUUGCGUUCAGCUAGCAGCAGUGAGUUAUUUUGAAAAUAGUGGUGCUCGAAUCGAUGUCCUGUAUUCUCGAGGUUCCGGAAUCAGUGACAAUAUGGCUAGUGAAUCACUGGCGGAAGCCAUAACACAAAAUGUAUUCGAUAAACCGUAGUAGCGUAGAACGAUUCGAAGCCAUCAAUAUACUAGCAAUGCGAAAAUUCGCUCGGUGAAAUGAACAACUUCCCGAAGAAAUUGGGGUGACCAACAGAGCAAGCAACUUCAGUGUAUGGUGUCAGUGACGAAGAAGAAGAAAUAAAGUGCUUUAAAUAAAUGGUUGGAGGUUAGCGGGAAGGUUCCACAGGAAAGCGCGAGAGCAGCGUCUAACAGCACGAAAGGGGUGUAGAAAUUUCCAACAACAGAAGCAUCCCUCUGAGCCUUGUGGAAAAAAAUGAGUUGUAACGAGAGGAGCACAUAAAUUAGCAACAGCAACAUCCAGCUAUUACCUCAAUUUUCCAACAACAACAAAAAAAAACAAAUUUCAGCAACAACAACGCAGGCAAAUAAGGUUUAGGCGAGAAUUGAGAUAAUAUUUUGCGAGAGCAAAAUACUAACCUACACAUCAUCGUAGCAGAGGGAACCAUCCACACACAGAAGACGCAGAAAAAUAAACACAAAAAGUUGUAGACCUCUACUCGCAGUACCCAACGCUUCGGAAAGAAUAGCACGGGAAAGGACGAAGGAGUCCGAAGAAGAAGAAGAAGAAGAAGAAGAAAAAAAGCCGUAGCAGCCAAACUGAACGGAAACAACCAACGACAGAUCAACCGACAGGAUCAACCAUGUCGCUGGAUAUCGAAGUGCCGCAUGUUAGAUGCCCCUCGUUAGGUGUCCUCAUACUGACACUUAACCUGGCGCUGUUUCUGCCUCAGACUAUAAAUAGGACACCACCGUUCGUGCUCGCAGGGACCGGUGGUGGCAGUAUGCUAGGGGAUGUAAAUAUUUCGGCUAUUCUAGACUCGUUUAGCGUUGGCUAUGACAAAAGAGUAAGACCAAACUACGGAGGACCGCCGGUUGAAGUGGGAGUCACCAUGUAUGUGCUGUCUAUCAGUUCGCUGUCUGAAGUUAAAAUGGAUUUCACAUUGGAUUUUUACUUUCGACAAUUUUGGACUGAUCCACGUUUAGCUUACAGAAAAAGGCCGGGUGUAGAAACACUGUCUGUUGGAUCUGAGUUUAUUAAGAAUAUUUGGGUACCCGACACGUUUUUUGUAAACGAGAAACAAUCAUACUUUCAUAUAGCGACUACUAGUAAUGAAUUUAUAAGAAUACAUCAUUCUGGAUCUAUAACUAGAAGUAUUCGAUUAACAAUCACAGCAUCAUGUCCAAUGAAUUUACAAUAUUUUCCAAUGGAUAGGCAGUUAUGUCAUAUAGAAAUAGAAAGCUUCGGAUACACGAUGCGAGAUAUCCGAUAUAAAUGGAAUGAAGGCCCCAAUUCAGUCGGAGUCUCGAGUGAAGUAUCUUUGCCUCAGUUUAAGGUUUUGGGACACCGUCAGCGUGCUAUGGAAAUCAGUCUCACAACAGGAAAUUAUUCACGUUUAGCAUGUGAAAUACAGUUUGUACGUUCGAUGGGUUAUUAUCUCAUUCAGAUUUACAUACCAUCCGGAUUAAUUGUAAUCAUAUCGUGGGUAUCAUUUUGGCUAAAUAGAAAUGCUACACCAGCACGUGUUGCAUUAGGUGUAACCACUGUCUUGACAAUGACAACACUGAUGUCGUCAACGAAUGCUGCCUUACCGAAAAUAUCUUAUGUAAAAUCGAUUGACGUAUAUUUAGGCACAUGCUUCGUCAUGGUAUUUGCUAGUCUGCUGGAAUACGCCACCGUCGGUUACAUGGCGAAGCGGAUACAGAUGCGCAAGCAGCGCUUCAUGGCCAUCCAGAAGAUCGCCGAACAGAAAAAACAACAGCAGGCGGACGCCAACCAUCCGCCUCCACCGCCACCGGUCAGCGAUCACAGCCACGUUCACGGCCACGGGCACAGCCACAGCCAUCAUCACACGCCGAAACAACAGAUGGGCAGCCGUAGCGGUACGAUGUCCAAUGUGCCUCCCCAUAAUAUAGCGGGAUCACGAGGUUGUUCUAUUGUAGGUCCACUGUUCCAAGAGGUGCGCUUUAAGGUGCACGAUCCUAAGGCGCACUCGAAGGGCGGCACACUGGAAAACACGAUCAACGGCGGGCGCGGCGGUGGUGGACCACCGGGCGGUGGUGGCGGACCACCGGGCGGUGGCGGAGGCGGACCGGACGAGGAAUCGGGCCCACCGCAACAUCUGAUACAUCCGGGCAAGGACAUCAACAAACUGCUGGGAAUUACGCCCUCGGACAUUGACAAGUACUCCCGUAUCGUUUUCCCGGUCUGCUUCGUGUGCUUUAACCUGAUGUACUGGAUCAUUUAUCUGCACGUGAGCGACGUCGUUGCAGAUGAUCUGGUACUGCUCGGUGAGGAGAAGUGAGCGGGUAUGACGAAGAAGCGACGACCCGACGUGGUAACAGAAGGAGAUGGAGACAGAGUGCGCAAUAGUGAAGUAAAGAAACAGUUUCAAACGAACAGACUAGGGUCAGUCAGGAGCUAGGAUCGAACCCAAACACUCAUGCAUACACUGUAGACACUUGUAUAGAACACACGACAGGACACACGGAAGGUAAGCGAGAUGAGGAUGAAAAUAUAACAACAAAAGUAUAAGAAAUUUUUAGGGUUUAUUUUUACCUAUUUACAGUUUCGGUUCUUUUUUAUACGUAUACAAGAGACAAAGAAAAAGAAAACACUAGAUUUUACCGUUACUGAUAAUUAACAUAGCAAAGUAACGAAAAAUAUUCCUAAUUCAAAACAAAAAACACAUAGAAACACGCGUGUGGUAUGCAAGAGCAAAAACAAAAGAACAAGACGGAGAAAUAAUGACUAGGUGAUAAGCAAAUUGAGGAGCUAAUUAAAAAAAAUUCAAGCAAGCAAAAAGGAUAUCUUCACUAAACAACAGAAAAAAACGUGAUCUGAAUGAGUCUAGGAACGAAUAAAAUUUUCCAAACUACUGAAACCAAUAACAAAUAACACACUCACACAAAUUCACUGAAUUCAAGUUAUAAUUAACAAAAUGUAGGGAAAAAAAGUUUUCGAUAUUCAAAAACAAUGGCAGUUCAGAGUCACUCGAGGUCCCGGCAAUAAGCGGCUUAGGCAAGCCCACUGCUGAUAAAGUUUGUUAGACGAGAACGAGCAGACACACAUAGCAAGCAAGUUUCGUUUCUAUUAAAGGCCGUAGUAUUUUGGUUGUUCUGUUUAGAAACUUAAGAUGUUACAUGCUAAUUAAUCAAUCGAUGUAAAAUCAGAGAAAUCGGACAGGAUGAAACACUAAAAGGUUAGGAUUUGGGUUUGGUUCACGUUUUCAACAUCAGAUCGAGGAUGUUCUUCGUCCCGAUUCGCAAACAACAAGCAAAGUCACCAUGAACAGCAUCGAUCUCUGACAGCAGACUAGAUUACGGAGCAUCAAUUUGCCUCCUGGGAGCGAGUGCUAGUGUGAAACGGUACCAUAAACUGCCGAAAAUCAUUUUCUUCACGGCAGCCACUUCAUACGACGGGCCAGAGAACGACAAAAAAGGAUUGGUAUGCCUGCGAAAGAAGAAGCAGCUACCAUGUGGAGAAAGGGAUCGGUUCUAAUCAGUAAGCGGAACAACAAUCCACUCAAUCUGAAACGAUGCCAUUUCCUAGCAGGCGUACAUGGAAGGACGAUUUUUGCUGGUGGUGAAAUUCAUUUCAGCCAUCUAGGCAGGAUGGUUUGCAGGAUGUGUAAUAAUCUUUGCCUUUCACAGCACGUUUCCCUAGGGUGCCGGCGUCGUAGAAUUCCUCCAUUAAAUCCUCCUCGUAAAAUGAUUCCACAACCCCGAACCGGUAAGAUGGGAACAAGCCAAACCCGAAACGAGAUUGAUGGCGAGAGAUAGCGAAUUGGGGGUGGUGGUGCGCAAAAUCAUGCCCGAGCUGAACGAAAUGGUUGGAAAAAUUAAUGCGAAAUUAAUUAUUAAUUAUAUUAAAAGUUGAUUCUCCGAAUGCUUCCAAUAUAUUUGCCAAACAAAAUACUAUGAACGAAAACAAAUAAAAAAAACUCACAACUCGAAUAUGCGUAUAGGUGGGACAGUGAACAUUGAUUUUUGUAUUGUUAAAUGCGUUAAAUCUUUUUUACGUAUUAUUCCAACUGUCCGCUUUGAACCGAUUAAAGUUACUAAAAUAUGGAAACGAUUUUUACACAGUAGAUCAGCAACUGUAUGCAUAAAUUCGAACAUAUGAUGCACGUGAACAAAAUUAUUACCACAGCAAAAAACACAUUCUGCUCACAGAACAACAACAACCAAAUAUACACACUCUAUCUUUCUGAAGGUUAAAUAACAUUUUUAACUACAUAGCCGAGAACCCUGUCAAACAAACAAUCACCACGUUUGAUAAAACCACUCUUGCUCCAGUCCAGGGAAGGGAAUAACACACGAGAUUACAAACGACAUCCUUUAUAGUGAGUUUAUAUGUUCGAACAGGAGCAGUAGCACAACAGAAAAUGGCAAAAACGUAUCCCAAUGGUGAUAAUUUUUAUACUAAAAAAAAUCUAGUGAAAAACAAAACAAAAAAAUGUUACGUACCGUUCUACUCGAAAUCGUAGAUGCAAAUUAAAUGUUGGAAGAAUUCAGCGUAAAGCCUAAAUUAUUCGAGUUCAUCUUAAAUAUAGAUCAGCUGCAAUUAAAAUUGUAAACGAACAGAAACUCGCGAGCAAUGCUCAGCUUGUUUCGAACAAGCAAGUUUUCUAAGGGCUCACAACCGGUCAAAACAUUUAUAAAGUGUGACAUCAAAAACGAUCAAACUCAUCAAAUCAGUUAACUUGAACAUGACAAAUUGACUGAUUAACAGACAGACGGACACGAUUGGGUUGGUAAGCGAAACGAAAAAAAGGCAUCAUCCGAUAGUAAAUUCGAUAAUUUCGUUCCCAAAUGUCAUUCGAAACUACUUUAAAAUCUAAAAUCUGAUUUUAAUGCGUAAUGGGCUUUUGCAUUUAGUUUCGUUCGGUAAUCUAUUAUGAAACAUCAUUUUUUCAGUAAGUUCUGUUGAAAAUCACUAACUGAAGGUUGAACUGUACUUCCGGCAAGGCUCGCAACGUUAGAGCGAGUUGCUCCGAGAUCAUGGUGGUUACUUUUAAAAAAUUUACUAGAAAAAUAGAUUUUUUAAUUGUGCUGUGCCAGCCCGGUUCUGUAACAGCACGAAGCUAUCACUGAUAGCCUAAUCCAAUGGGUCUGUAAACAAAAAAUAACUUACUUUCAUUGAAAAACACUGGUGGCGUGGAUUGCUCUGGUUUUGCACUUUCGAGCAGAAAUGGCAAUGAAACACUGUUAAAAUAAUGCAUUUCUGCUCGAAAUUGGAAAACCAGAGCAAUCCACGCCACCAGUGUUUUUCAAGGAAAAACGCCAUUAGUUUUGUGUUUGAACUUGGUCAACGCAGCAAUCACAGAAAAGUUGCUAGGUUCCGUUAUUGCAUAAUCAUGUCAGCUCUUCUACGAUUGCUGCGCUGCUCAAGUGGCGAACAUUGAAGUUUGAACUAAGCAAAAGUGAUAAUUUUCAGAUUUUUCUUGAAGAUUUGAAAAAUGUCCUAGUUUUUCGUAUGUAUUUCUAAAUGAAACGAAUCGAAACAUACAAAAAAUAUAUUAAAAUUGACUAAAAAAGACAGUCAUAAUAGUUUAAAUAACUUCCCGCAAUAUGUUUUAUUUGUGUUUACGGAGUAAUCGUAAAGUAAAAAUCAAAUUCACAAAUCAAGGAAAUUCAUUGUUUUUAUAGUUGAUUAUCAGAGAUUUAACCAAAACCACAAAUCCUUAAAAUGUAUUGAGUAUUCUUUAUUAAAUUGUAAUCACCCACAACUAACCAAAAACUAUCUUUUAACUGACCUAGAAUGUUGAGAAUAUGUUCAUUGUUUUCAUAGUGAAUGAGACUGACAAACUUUUACAAUAUUUGUUUACUGAAUAAAUUUUGCCGAUAGCCCAGAUAUAUCCAUUAAGAUGCAUUGUUUCAACUUAGCAAUUCAUAGCUGUGAGAUGAAAAGAAAGUGUUCUAAUCAUUCAGGGACUUUUGCGGAAUUUAGAAAUUCGAAAUGCGAGUCCAACCCAACACUGACUGGACAAACUGACAUGAAAAAAUGGAAAAAUAUUUCACUAGGUUACAUCAGAAAGCAACUAGGCAAUUUCAGUUAUCUGAAAUACUUUUCAGCUUCGGUUUCAGGUUUUCCGAGCCGUACUGUUUCCUACGUCAGUGAAGUUUAAUAGUAUUGCAACAUAGGAAACCCUUUGAAGGUACGAACGGGAACCAAGGAGUUGGGAUAAACAAGACUCAAUACAGAGCUUUUCUAACAAAAACGAAAUCACCUUGCUUCAUUUAAUAGACUUCAAUUAACCACAAUGUCUUAUGUGUGUUUUCUAGAUGCAUAAAAAGCAGAUAUGAGACCAUACUGUAUUAUAUCUGCCUUUAAGAUAUAUGUAAAGCGAAUAUGAGAAAUUGAUGGUUACUUAUGUAUGCUUCACAGAUAUUCAGUGAAGAAAUCUCCAGCAUUUGAUCGAAGCGCAUGUUCGAGGAUUGCAGUUUGACUCGGCAUGUUGCAUUUUGCUUGAAAAAAAUCUGUAAUACGUUGCUUUCUUGUUGAGUGUCCAACGAACAGUGACCUAAUAUGUUUUCAAACACAUCAAACCAGUACUAUGUGUCCUGAAUGUAUCUAGCAAAGAAGCUAUUGGAGAGAUUGAUCGAGAUCAACCCAUUGGUACCCAUUCAGACUACUUUUGCCACUGACACAAAUACACAGAAUGCACCAAUCACCCAUCAUCUUACCUAGAGAACUUGUAAAUAUGUAUUUUCUAAAACAGAAGCAACAAAAAAAGCAUUUAAUUUAAAUAGAAACCCAAAAAGUUGAUAAAAAAACACUUUCCGUACUAUAAAUAGUAGUAGCCUGUUAAAAACAAACCAAGUUGGCCACACGAAAAAAAAUUCCACGAGUAACACACCACUAUUACUGCAAACAACAAUUGACUACACACGCCAGCUGACAAGUGGAGGAAAGAUUCCAGCGCUGUUGAAAUACAUGAAAAUAAAUUCUAAAUUUUUAAGGAAACCAUUUAAAACAGUCAGAAAAACAUUCUUUUCGGUAUAAAGAAAACAGUAAAAUUUACUAGGCCUGUGUUGACACUGAACAGACUCUUUAUCCAACGUUUCAAUUUUGACAUAGUAAACCAUUGUUAUAUGAGCGGUUUUGAAUGUGACGCGUCUACACACACACUCACACACAACACAGUACAGCACACUUCGAUUCAGCACGUUGGAACACAAACACACAUAUUUUGUUAAAUCUUCACAUCACAGAACAUGACGCACUGUCUAGACUGAUUGGGUCAGUUUACUUUAUUUGUCAAAUAUUUUGAAUUUCAUUGCGACAGUUACUACUAUAGUUUUCCGAGGCCAUGUUUCGAGAAGCUUAAUUUAUUCCAAAUCUACUCAUUGUUUCCUAGAUUAUUUUUGAUUUCCGAAAUCGAAACACACUUCGAAACGAUUAUUGAAUAUUGAUUUUCUUUAAUUUCGUGUUGCCUAACGUGUCGAAAGUUCAUUCGGUUCAAUCGUCUUUGAUCAAGUCCCGAGGUUUAUCGGUUUCCGUCAAGCCCGAUCAGUCGGACCCAAAAACGUAUAAAUGCUUCCAAAGCCAAGUAAAAUAGAACAAAUGUUUCAAAGCUUCAGUUCAAUCGAUAUAUUGUUGAAUCAAAAUUUUAUACACGCAAAGCAGAAAAAAACAAGUAAAAAGAAAAUAAAAAUAAAACAGACAAAAACAGCGGUAGCAAAUUAAAUUCAAAGGAAAAAUAUUCAAAAGAAACUAGUUAAGAGCAACCUUAGCGAAUAACAAGUAAGAACGUAAGUAUAAGAUAUUUACUCGUCAAAUAUCUGUAGAUUAUGUGUCUUUUCACUCGUUUCAAUUGAAAUUUGUUUUUCAAUUGAAACUGACAAAAAAACAGAACUGCUCAAUUAUUUUUCAUGAAGAAAAGAAUGAGAAACCGUGUGAAUAAGUAAUUUUUAAUAAUGAAAUAAAAAUGCGUAUUUAUACUUUUAAUUUAUAGUCUAUGAGGUAAACCAGAACAACUAAAAUGUUGCGAAUAAAACGUAAGUAAAUCCAAACAGGCCGUGGAAAAUGUUUAUAAAAAAAGAGAUGACAUUACUAGACACCUAAGACAAGGGAUGCAAUACUAUGAAGUUAUAACUUAACAGAAAAUUGAAAUAAAAUGCUCGAGAUUAGGUCAUAAAUUAAUAUCAACAAGCUCCAACCAGAAAACGGAUAUGUUAAAGUUGAAAUUAAACCGAAAAUAAACCAAACUCAACCGCCAAGAUAUGGCGAGCAAAACUAGAUAAAUUGAAAACACGUUAUGAAGUAGUUGUUCACCAAAUUAAAACAGACGAAAUUUCAUAUUUUAACGAACAGAAACUAAGCGGAUGCGAGAAGAUACAUAUGCUAAUAACAGCCACUAUCGUAAGUUGGUUUCCAAAGAUCCUAUUUGUUCGGAUCCCACAAACCUUGAUUUAUGCUCAGUGCAUUCAAAACUGUCAGUCCGCACAUCUACGGAAGUCUUCAACUUCCUGAACUGCCACAAAAGUAAAAAAAGAAAUUUUUUCAGAGAAUCCACUGAAUACUAAACGUUGCACAUCCAUUUCAAACAAAAACCGUUUUCCUGUACACUUCAGUGUUAAGUUGAUAGAUCGCUUUUUUCAUUCGAUAAAACUCACAGCAACUGAACGUGGAUGACAGCUUUGACUGCACAAAACCAUCUCAUCCGAGACAUAGUGUUAUUCAAAAAAAAAUGAUUGUCACCAGAUUUUUCAAAGCACAUUGUAUCCAUCUGUUUCCAUCACCCAUGCUAAUAGUUCUUAAAUGUAGCACUCGACGGAAGAAUAGAAUACACGUUCUACUAAGCGCACCUUUAAAAUUGACUACCGUAGAGUUAAGAUUAUUGGUCCAAAUCAAAAAUUUUGUACUGGCCCCUUUCGCUUCUGUAGCUAAACUCUUCCAAUAGGCGUGCCAUUUUACUUAUUACAUGAAUUACCCUAGUAGAUUGAUUCCGUGAAUGUUUAUUACAUUUUUUUUCAUUCUCCAACAUUCUCCAACUUUGGUUGCGUGAAUAAUACAACUACACAUACUGAUAAGUGCGUUUCGGUUCAUUUUUUCAUGUAAAUAAAUUAAGUAGUUGGAAACGAAUAUCAGAUAGGACGGAGUGACAAACAACUAGUGUUGUUUCGAAGAAAAAAACAAUAGACGUCUGUCCCAGAAAAAGUCCGCUGUCAUUCAAGUGGCUCCAAUGCCUUCAAUUCUACGUUGAGGAACCACUCGAAUGUCAUAAUGAAUCCGAGCGCUUCAAUGAGCAACACAUAAUAACACGCAUUCUUCGAGGACACUAAAAGUACGCACUCUCAAACAGUGGGGAAUGGUCAGCUAGAAAAUCAAAAAAAAAACGUCUUGUAAAGCCAGUUUGUGAUUGAGUUUAGAAGGAGCAAAUGAAAAACGAGCAAACAAAAAAAAAUGUAGUGAAAAUUCAAAAGCAGAUGUAUAAGUAAGUGUUAAAUACUCACUGUACUUAUCUAUAGGAAGUUAAGGAAAAAACAGAAAAAAUACAAAAACGAGUAAAAGUAAAUAAAAUAUAUACACAAUAUAUGAAUAUAUGAGAAAAAGUAUAUAUAUCGCAACACAAGAAAAAUUCUAAAUAAAUAUAAAAUUUUUUAUAUAGGAAUGUAAUAUGCAACAACAAAAUUCAAUAAAGAAUACAAAAAUAUCGUUCAUAUUAUAUUUGUAAAUAUUUUAGUUCGACAAAUGAAUCACCCUAAUGUACAUUCAACUUCAAUGCACAAAAAAAGGAAAAAAAAUAAUUCAGAUUAGCGUAAAAAAAUUAUAUAAAAAAAUAAAUUCAACAAAAAAAAUGCAUAAAACGACACUCAAGACCGCAAAAAGAACUCGCAAGAUUCUAUCCUGUACUCGAAAUCUAUUCAAACCAAAACCAAUGUACACACAAACCGUGCAAUAUUUCUUCUGGCACACUUUGAUGGGGACACUGGCGACAUGUGCGUACGGGAAUCAACUUACCCUCAACUAGUAACCCUAAACGGGUGAUUAACUAAAGCGAAAGAAAUAUGUUCUAAUUUGUUAACGUCAGCAAUCUCCGACAGUACAGCUAAUCGAAACAUUUCGAUUCAACAACCUCCCUUGGCGCAUUGCGCGAGUGUCAACCAUCAAAGACGUUACGUAGGUGUCCCGAAGAGAAGCCACUAGUUCAAUAUUUAAGCGUAACUGGACAAAAAAACACUAGCGAAAAUAUAAUGAAAAGUUUAUUCAAAAUAGACUUGAGAUAUCCAAAGAAGCAGGAGAGAAGAUAAACUUGUAUUCGUUCUGACAGAUUAGAAGACAGAACAAGGCAACAGCUAAACUUGUAAGCAGGCAAGAAUAGUUGAACAACGUACUAGAAUAUUUACUGUUAUGAUACCACAAUGCAGAAUAUAAUUUGUUUUGUUUAGGUGAAACCAAACCAA